CAGUGCGACAUAUGUGUGCCUAACGGCAAGCGCCGUGCCAGUGGCUUGGGAGCUGACUUCGAAAAAAGACAACCCCUUAACUUCUUGAAACGUUAGCGAGACUACAGUUGGGGAGUCGAUAUGAUGCCCUAUCUCCGAAGCGGCGUCGCGACGCUGAUGCGACGCGUCUCUCUCGAACCUUUCGCAGAAGACGUCAAGGUAGACGACGAGCCGGCGAACUCGGCCGAGGAGCCCUGGGAUCCAGGUACCGGCGUAGCGCCGCCGCCGCCGCCGACGACGCCGCCCUGUGACGAAGCGGCCGAAAACUGCAGCGUGGAUGGCGAGGCAACCGACAGUGUCUCGGUGGCCAGCGAAACUACCGAGACGGAGACCCGCCCACCUAGAACGGUUCCCAGCACGUCGUGGGCCGCGAAGCGCGUCAGGCGACUCCUGGCGGUGCAGAGCGCCUUCGGAGCACGCUUCGGCGCGACAAAGGCGCCCUCUGCACCUACAUUCUCGGACGCACAGACGCAGACGUUGCCCGAUGCCAGCACUGAGGAGGUGCACUGCCGCCGGUGCCGAGGUGUCUACAGGCGCCAGAGAGUGCGAGACGACGAACUCUCGCAGCUGGACGCAAAGCCCCGUCCCAGCCUCGCCGUAGCAGUGGCCCACAAGACCGACAGUGCCGGCGCGGGCGGGUACCCCGAGAAGCCCGCCUCCUGGACCAGCCGCGCGCUCGAGCCCGCGCUGGUCGUGGCCUCCGAGAUCCUCCAGUACCCGUGGGGCGCCGACGCGCUCAUCCUGGUCGGCAUUGUCCUGCUGGCCUCACUCCUGGUCGUCCUCUACUACGCGGUCGCCGUCGUGCUGCCCAUCAUGGUCCUGGCCGUCAUCCUGGCCAUGAUCAACUCGGCACUCUUCGAGAACAGCCGCUUCCUCCAUGUCCUCCGGAGACUAGGGCUCACGUGACGCCUCUCAUGACGUCAUGGGGCCCCAUCUUGUUUGUGAAACUGCCUUCGCCCUAAUUACUGACAAAUUUUAACGUAUCUUAACACAUACUACCAUAGGCGUGUGCAUUGUUCCCCAUCAUGGGGGGCAAUGUUUCAACUCCGUCGUUAGGAUGUCACAGAUCAAACUCUAGGUCAGCAUCGUUAUCAUGCGUAUGGCAGAGUUGUGCGUUGUAAGCGUAUACCUUCAUUGGCGAUAAUGAAUACCUGGCUGGUGCUGUUUCCUCCUGAUUUCAAUUAAGACUCCGAGCGUCUCAAUGCGACGUUAAUGUUCGCUAAAAGCGGUGUCCCGCAAAAUUCGCCGUCCUUGAAUGAGGCUUUUUGCGUCAUAGUGCCGUUGCCUCCGUGAUCAGUUAGUUGUGCUGAUCAGUGUCGUUAGAUGUACUGUUGCCUCCACGAGCAGUUCCGGCAGCGCGACGGCGUGCUGCCGGAGCUGCUCGUGGAGGCAACAGUACAUCUAACAACACUGAUCAGCACAACUAACUGAUCACGGAGGCAACGGCGCUGCCGGAGCUGCUUGCGGAGGCAACAGUACAACUAACUAUGCCAAUAGACUUCAAACACUGCUGAGAGCGCCCGCUUCAUGCUGCAGAUCAGGAACUAUGCGUGAUCGAUCUUUGCAGCGCUCCCUCAGAAGAUAAUAACAAGCCAGCCAACAAGUCAAGGGGAGACUAACCAUGCACGUUUCGUUGCGUUCAGCACAAUGUCGCGCACGCAGUGCCAUGACUAAACUAACAAUGACACAACAACGUCACUGCUUGUUGGAACAAUCUGUGCGAGGUCUUUUCACUUAAGCGUCGACAGCGGCGUCGGCCGCACGCUACGUUGUCUUUCAAUAUACGAUUUUGAUACACACCCUUAUAUAUUAGAGUGGGGUUGCACAAUGCUAGAUUCUGGCACACUGCAUGUGUUCCUUGCGCGUAUCUUUGCUUUAUUAUUUUCUCUACGAUCGAUAUACGUUAUCGAGACAAUGUUCUGUGAUCACCUUGACACUUUGGAGAGAAGCUCGAAGUCGCUUUUUGUCGCAUUUUUCACCAAAUAACGCCUUUCUUUCACUGUGUACCGUACCAAGUGGUAAACUUCGCUCGCGCAAUUUCUAUUCUGUGUCGUUUGCACCUAUAGGGUUCCAUACUAUACACUAGAGGGAAAUAUGGCGCUAGUGCCUAUGAGAGCUACAGCGCAGUGGCGCUUCAGUCAGCAUGGGAAUCAUGGGUAGUACAUCGAUUGGCCUAAGCUUCGCUCUUUCGGCUCCGUGUGGCCGGCAGCUGCUCUGUCGCAAGACGAAGUUCAGCAAAAGUUCAGCGGUACUACUUCGUCACCUUGACCCUUUUAUGCUCGCCAAUUCAAAUCAGCUCACGAGAUUCACAACGAGUCAUUAUUUUAUGCGAAACAAAAGCCGAAACAACAGUAAACAAAGCCACAAGCGCGUUCGAAGCCGCAAGCACAAAGGCUAGGCAAAUCCAUGUACUACCCGUCAUUCCCAUGGUGGCUGAACGAUCGCAGCGCCACAGUUCCCUCUAGCAAAUAUUGUAGGCAACUCUACAGUUUGUCCAUCUUGUAUACGUCAUCGUGCCGUAAACGCAUCGGUUUUUAUAUGUGAAGCAUCUCAUAGCGGAGUUCAAUCCGGUGGUGGUGGUGGUGUGCGGCGUGACCACCCUUACUGCGCAUGCGCAAACCGUCUCCACUUCCCCUCCCCAUUCCCUCUCUCCCCUUUACUUCUCCACAUCACCGCUCCCCUUCCCUUUUCCCUCUCAUUUCCCUUUCCCAUCCCCCUCUCCACUCCUCCUCUCCCUCUCCACUUCCCCUCCCAUUCCCCUCUCUAUUCCCCCUCUCCACUUCCCCUCUCCCCUUUCUCCCUCUCCACUCCACCUCUGAAACGCGGGCUCUACAUGCCGAAACACUGCUUCGCAUCGCCUCAUGGUCCCCUUUAGCGGGAGAUGGUGUGAUUUUUUUACUACACGCUCAGACUGGCGUAAAACGUGUUGACGCGUCGGUCACAUUCCUACCAGGGUUCCACUGUCCAUUGGUUUGUGUAAACUGUGCGCCUGCACGAUAGUGGGCUGUGGUCUUUGUGUGUGCCAAUAAAGAAGCCAAACUUACGUAGAAUUGUGUGCAAUGAAGCUUCGGCCAUCCUUAUUAACUUUCUAUGUGUGUUCGACUGUCGUUGUCAUGUCUCUUUUUACUACGCACUGUGUUCGCAAGAAAAAUAAAGCGAGAUGCACUCCUGAGAUGCA